AUGCAGCUUCAUUUCCACCCUAGCAAAUGUGAUCCCUCUCUUUUCACUUACCUUGAAGGUGGUCAUACUGUUUAUAUCUUGGUUUAUGUUGAUGAUAUUAUCAUCACAGGCAGCUCUAGUUCACUACUGCAGGAUAUUAUUACCAAGCUUAAUGUUGCCUUUUCACUAAAACACUUGGGUGAUUUGGAUUAUUUCCUUGGUAUUCAAGUUACUAAGGUUGCUCCUCAGGCUCUGCUGCUUACUCAGUCCAAGUAUGUCAAAGACCUCCUGCAUAGAACAAAUAUGCUGGACUGCACACCUGUCACUACACCUAUGCAGUCUACAUGCAAGCUCACCAAGGUUGGAUCUCCUCCUCUCAGUGAUCCUUACAUGUAUAGGUCAGUGGUUGGAGCCCUUCAGUAUGCUACUCUGACUAGGCCAGACAUUGCCUAUGCUGUUAACAAAGUUUGUCAGUUUAUGGCUCUGCCUCUUGAGGCACAUUGGGUAGCUGUCAAAAGGAUCUUGAGGUACCUAAAGGGCACAAUUUCUCAUGGGCUGCACCUGUCUGCCUUACCUCUAUCCACUGCUCCUUCCAUUAAACUUUUCUGUGAUGCUGACUGGGCAUCUGACCCAGAUGAUAGGAGAAGUACAUCAGGGGCUGCUAUCUACUUUGGGCCAAACUUAGUAUCCUGGUGGUCUAAAAAGCAGCAUGUGGUGGCUAGGUCAAGCACUGAAUCUGAGUUCAGAAGCAUGGCUCAUGCUGCAGCUGAUGUCUUGUGGAUCCAAACUCUCCUUAAAGAGUUAUUCAUUAACUGCCAAACUCCUCAAAUUUUGUGUGACAACCAGUCUGCAGUAUUACUCGCGCAUAAUCCUGUUAUGCACACCAAGACCAAGCAUAUGGAGAUUGAUCUCUUCUUUGUGAGGGAGAAGGUUCUCACCAAACAACUGCAAGUUCUCCAUAUUCCUGGGACUGAUCAAUGGGCAGAUGUGCUUACUAAACCCCUGGCUUCUACUGCUUUUCUGUCUCUCAGGCACAAACUCAGGGUUGUAACCUCCCCAUGA